AUGGAGGAUGCAGAAGAAUGGUUUGUGGCUCGAGAGGUUCAGGAAGAGGGUGAAGGUUUAGAGAUGACUUUGUCUGAGGUGCGUAUGAACAAAUGGAGAAGACCACCUGAAGGCUGGUUAAAGUGCAAUAUUGGCUUUUCGUGGAACCAAAAGGAGAAGUUUGGAGGGGGCAGUUGGGUUUUGAGAGACUUCAAAGGGUUAGUGGUGUUACACAGCCGGAAAACCUUUGGUGUUUAUGAAACUGAAGCCGAUUUCAAGCUUGCUGUUUUGAUUUGGGGGAUUGAAAGUAUAAUCAGCCAUAGAAAAGAGAAGGUGAUAUUCUCGGCUCAGCAGGUGGAUUUGAUAGAAGCUCUUUUACGGCCAAAAGUUUGGCCUAACUUCUCUUAUCAGGUUCAGACUUUAUUACACACUUUGUCUCCUUUGUUAGAAUGGAGAGUUGAAGCAGCUAUAGCAGGUUCAAACCGUGGAGCAUUCCUCAUAGCACAAAGUGUAACCAUGGAGUUCAUGAUUCACUCUUAUGUUGCUGCUGGUUAUCCCUUGUGGUUACGAGAUCUUUUUAUGCUUAAACAGUCGGAUUGA